CUCAUUUGGACAGCAGACAUGCGUUAUUGUGGCUUUGUCCAGACCCUAGCGCUGACUAAGAAAAUGAUAAAUAAGCCUGCAGUCAAACGGAAUAGUACAACAAAUCGUGCCAAUAGUGUGUACAUGCGCCAGACAGUUAGCUCUUGUAUUACCCUAAUUCUUCUUAUUUUUUUGACAUUUCAUUGAAUUAACUUAUAGAAUUGGUGUAUAAAGUGGUUAUCUAUAUUCAAUUUUGUUUUCUUUUUAUAAAUGGUUAAUAAACACUGUUUUUUGUUCAAAAUAAACAGCUUGCAGUUAUGGCUGAAAGAGAAUACCAACAAAAAUCUCGGAAUGAUGUGUUCAAAACAAUAGUAUUUAUGUUUUUUAUGACCACGUUGUUAAUGUUUUACUGCAACGAUGAAUAUGACCAGUACGAGGAAAACGUCUAUUCUCAAAAUAAAACUGCAGAUCCCUUUUACAAAAACGAUUCUGUUUUGUCGUUGGAAAAUAGCGUAAAGGAAGGAUAUGUUGUGUGGAAUGACAACUGUCAAAUACCCAAUAUCAGUGCCUUUGACGAUUCAAUUAAAAGUUUAGUGAAAAAAAAUAAACCUCCGAAAUGUUCCUCUUACCCGCCUUUGACCAGUGUAGUUCUUGAUCCAAAAUCAUGGUCUUACACAUUUAAAAUUAACAAAAUUAAUAAAAAAGAUACUGCGUCGAAGAUAUCCUGUUGUUAUUCUUCAAUCUAUAGAAAACAUAUAAAAGCUAGGAAAUCAGCAAAUGACGACGAUCGUUAUACGAUAGAGGAUGCGUGUCAUCCGAUCGGUGACUCCGAAGCGAUUCCAAAAAACGUUGAGUUCAUGGCAGUGACGUGUAAAAUCAAGCGAUUAGAUCAUCAUCGGUUCAAUUCGACUGUACACAAAGACGUGCACGCAAUGGUGAUCGAUAAAGGCCUCAGACGAAUUCGGAACACAGGUGACUUCGACAAGCCGAGUGUGCUGAUCGUGGCCAUCGAUUCGCUUUCUCGUCUGAACCUCAUCAGAUCCAUGCCCAAAACAUACCGGGUGUUGGAGACUCGCGGUUUUAUGUCACUCGAAGGGUACACGAAGGUGGCGGAUAACACUUUUCCUAAUGUGAUUCCUAUUAUGACCGGCAUGUUCGUCGAUGACCAAUUGACCAAACAUUGUUGGAAGACCGUCAAAGACGAAAUGGACCAGUGCCCUUUCCUGUGGAAGGAAUUUAAAGCUAAUGGUUUUGUAACGGCGUACAUGGAGGACGAACCGUCGUAUUCCACUUACAAUUUCAACAAAUAUGGGUUCAGAAACGCGCCUACCGAUUAUUACUCGAGACCGCUAAUGGUGGCCGCCGAAAAAUUGUUGCCUGUGGUCAAGUUCAGCGGAAUGAGCUACUGCGUGGGUCCUUCCGUUAUCGCGGACCGCGUGUACCGGUACAUAGAGGACUUUGUCGAACUGCACAAGGACCACGGUUACUUCGCCUUGUUCUGGUUGAACACGUUCAGCCACAACGACUUUAACGCACCGUUGGCCAUGGACCAGCAGACGGCUGACAUGCUCUCGCGGCUACUGGACCGUGGCCGCCUGGACAACGCGGUAACCAUAAUGCUGAGCGACCACGGCAGCCGCUUUGGCGACAUCCUGGAGACGUACGUGGGCUGGCUAGAGGAACGCAUGCCAGCCUUGUACAUGCGCCUACCGCCCGGGUACGCGGCUAAGUACCCGAAUAAGUACCGAAACUUCGCAUCCAACAAGCACCGGCUGACGUCGCCGUUCGACCUGCACCUCACGCUCAAGGACUUAUUGCCGUCGAACGGGACUAGUAAGCCUACCGCUGCCGUGUCGGCCGGAUGUCCCGCGUGUCGCAGCCUGUUUCUGUUAGCCGACGCAAACAGAUCGUGCAUACAGGCCGGCGUCAACCCACAUUGGUGCACGUGCGAUAAUUACAUGGAGUUAGACCGUAACGGCCGUGACGCGCAUAUCGGCGGCCGGCACGUAGUGGCCUAUCUGAACGCGCUCAUCGUCAAGUACAAGUGGACCGUGCGGAAGGGAUCCACGUGUGCAGAGAUCAAGCUGAACAGAGUUAUAUCGAUCAGGCACAAGGUAAACAAGCCGGACGAAUACUUGCUGGUUGUGCAGACGUUGCCCGGUAAUAGUAAGUUUUCAGUAACCGUCAAGCGAACAGGCGAAGAACAAUUUGACGUUCUGGGCGAUAUAAGCCGCAUAAACAUGUACGGUUUUCAAAGCGUCUGCACGACAGAAUGGAGAUUGAAAAAAUAUUGUUACUGCAUUCAGAAGCCGAGCAAACCAUAAAUUACCUAGCCACCAAAAAAAAAAAAAAACAAGACUGAACCAUUUGGAGCACAAUAUGCAUAAAUUAUACCAUAAAUAUUGUGCAACAAUAAACUGUGACCUUCAAAUAUUACCUACUAUACAUUUAGUUUCAUAUUACUUAUAAAAUUAAUUAUACAUAACUUUUAAAUAUUUACGAUUGGAUCGAUUCCUCAGCUGUUCGUCGCCAUCCGUCUCUGCGGUCAUCUUCACCUCUGUCACCAUUAACAACAACCCAAUACUUCAAUUUUACUUAGUGUUUUCUUAAUUAGGUAACAGGAAAAUCAUUCUCUUUCUUUUUUUGAGCCAAAACUGUAUUUUUGAUGUAUCUACUACUAGUGACUAUUUUGCUAUAAAAAAAAACUCGAAAUUCAAUGUUUAAGAAAUAUUAUAUUUCAAAA